GCACUCCUAUAUUAAUUGGCAGUCCUCCCUUUCCAUAAGCAAGGAGCAGUCGGGAGCUGGAUGAUGAAGGGCUUAUUUUUAUGCAUUUUUGCUACUUUUUUGCUGUCUGCUAUUGAUCAGGCAGAGAGUAAUGCUUACUAUGACAAGAUCUUGACCCACAGUCGCAUAAGGGCAAGGCAGCAAGGCCCAAAUGUCUGUGCUUUGCAACAAGUCCUGGGAACCAAGAAAAAAUAUUUCAGCACCUGCAAAAAUUGGUACCAAGGGGCAAUCUGUGGCAAGAAGGCAACCGUUUUAUAUGAAUGCUGCCCAGGCUACAUGAAAAUAAACGGUGAAGCUGGAUGUCCUGCAGUUGCUCCUAUUGACAAUGUGUAUGGCACCCUUGGAAUUGUGGGAGCCACAUCAACACAGGAUUAUUCUGAUAGGUCUGACCUAAGACAGGAAAUAGAAGGCAUUGGCUCCUACACUUUCUUUGCACCCAGUAAUGAUGCUUGGCAGCUGUUGGAUUCUGAUGUGCGUGAUUCAUUGCUAAGCAAUGUUAAUAUUGAGCUGCUGAAUGCUCUUCAUUAUCAUAUGAUUAACAAAAGGAUGUUGACAAAAGAUCUGAAAAAUGGAUUAUCUGUGACAUCUAUGUUCAAUAACCAAGACCUAAUAAUAAACCACUACACAAAUGGGGUCGUCACAGUUAACUGUGCAAGAAUUAUCCACGGUAACCAAAUUGCAACAAAUGGUGUCGUUCACGUCAUUGACCGUGUUGUGACAGCGGUUGGAAAUACCAUUGAGGAUUUCAUUGACUCUGAAGAUGAAUUGUCAUCCUUCAGAGAAGCUGGAGUUGCUGCAGAGGUAUUGGAACAGCUUGGCAAGUCCGGUCAAUAUACCCUUUUUGCCCCAACUAAUGACGCUUUUGAAAAACUUCCAAAAGGAGUUCUUGAAAGAAUUAUGGGCGACAAACAGGCAGUUAAAGCUCUUGUGAACUACCACAUCCUUAAUUCUGUCCAGUGUUCGGAAGCCAUAAUGGGUGGGACAGCUUUAGAAACUCUGGAAGGAAGCUCACUGCAGAUAGGAUGUGAUGGUGACAGUUUGACAGUGAAUGGCAUUAAGAUGGUAAAUCGCAAAGAUAUUGUCACAACUAAUGGAGUCAUCCACCUGAUUGACCAGGUCCUGAUUCCUGACUCUGCAAAACAAGUCUUGGAGCUUGCAGGAAGCCAUCAAACUACUUUUACUGAUCUUAUGGCACAGAUGGGUCUUGCAGCAUCUUUUAGACCAGAUGCAGAAUACACCCUCCUUGCACCUGUAAAUAACGCGUUCUCUGAUGAAACCUUAAGAAUGGAUCUGAGUCUUCUGAAACUGAUCAUGCAAAACCAUAUUCUCAAAACGAAGUUUGUUCUUAAUGAACUGUACAAUGGACAGAUUUUGAAGACAUUGGGUGGAAAGAGCCUUAGAGUGUUUGUCUACCGUACUGCUGUCUGCAUUGAAAAUUCCUGCAUGCUUCGUGGAAGCAAAGAAGGAAGAAAUGGCGCAAUUCAUACCUUUAGUGAAAUUAUUAAGCCAGCAGAAAAGUCACUCUAUGAACUCAUAAGCCUUGACAAACGGUUCAGCAUUUUCCUGAACCUGAUUGAAUAUGCUGGCUUGAAAGACCUUCUCUCACAAGAUGGAGCUUGGACUUGGUUUAUUCCAACUAAUGAUGCCUUUAAAGGACUAAGCGAUGCAGAAUUGGAAAUUUUAAAACGAGACAAAGUUGCUCUACAGAACAUCCUUCUGUAUCACUUGGCACCGGAAGUGUUCAUCGGUGGGGGAUUAGAGCAUGGUGUAACAAAUGUUAUUAAAUCCCUUCAAGGAAGUAAAAUCAUGGUUAAAGCAAUAAAUAAUACUGUUUCUGCGAAUGGUGUGGUCUCAAAGGAACCAGAUGUUAUGACAACCAAUGGAGUCUUUCAUGUUAUAGACAAACUACUUUUCCCUGCAGAUGUUUCCAUUGGUAAUGAACAGCUUCUGACCAUUCUUAAUAAAUUAAUCAAGUAUUUUACAAUCAAGUUUUCUAGGGGAAGCAAAUUCAGUGAAAUUCCUCUGUCUAAAUACAUUAAAACAAUCAUCACUAUUGGAGAGCCACGUGUUACAACAGUCACAAGGAUAAUCGAAGUAAAGCCUGAAAUAAGAGUAGUUGGAGGUGAAACUAUUACUAAAGUUAUACGCGGAGAUCCCUCCAUUACUAAAAUCACUAAAGUGAUUGAAGGUGAUCCUGAAUUUAAACUGAUAAGGGAAGGAGAAACACGUGUGACUAAAGUGAUCCAAGGAGAACCUACAAUAACUAAGUUCACUAGAGUGAUUGAAGGAGAACCAGAUUUGAAACUGAUAAAGGAAGGUGAAACUCGAGUGACUAAAGUCAUACAAGGAGAACCAAUAACUAGAAUCACGAAAGUGAUUGAAGGGGAACCAGAUUUUCGACUGAUAAAGGAAGGUGAAACUCGAGUCACUAAAGUAAUACAAGGAGAACCAACAAUAACUAAGAUUACUAGAGUGAUUGAAGGGGAACCAGAUUUUAAAUUGAUAAAGGAAGGUGAAACUCGAGUUACUAAAGUAAUACAAGGAGAACCUACAUUAACUAGGAUCACUAAAGUGAUUGAAGGGGAACCAGAUUUUCGACUAAUAAAGGAAGGAGAAACUCGAGUCACUCAAGUAAUACAAGGAGAACCUACAUUAACUAGGAUCACUAAAGUGAUUGAAGGGGAACCAGAUUUUCGACUGAUAAAGGAAGGUGAAACUCGAGUAACUAAAGUAAUACAUGGAGAACCUACAUUAACUAGGAUUACUAAAGUGAUCGAAGGGGAACCAGAUUUUCGACUGAUAAAGGAAGGUGAAACUCGAGUCACUAAAGUAAUACAAGGAGAACCAUUAACUAGGAUCACCAAAAUGAUUGAAGGGGAACCCGAUUUUCGCCUGGUACAGGAAGGUGAAACACGAGUGACUAAAGUAAUACAAGGAGAACCUACAUUAACUAGGAUCACUAAAGUGAUCGAAGGGGAACCAGAUUUUCGACUGAUAAAGGAAGGCGAAACUCGAGUCACUAAAGUAAUACAAGGAGAACCCACAAUAACUAAGAUUACCAGAGUGAUUGAAGGGGAACCAGAUUUUAAAUUGAUAAAGGAAGGUGAAACUCGAGUUACUAAAGUAAUACAAGGAGAACCUACAUUAACUAGGAUCACUAAAGUGAUUGAAGGGGAACCAGAUUUUCGCCUGGUAAAGGAAGGCGAAACCAGAGUCACUAAAGUAAUACAAGGAGAACCCAUAGUAACUAAGCUCACUAGAGUGGUUGAAGGGGAACCAGAUUUUAAACUGAUAAAGGAGGGAGAAACUCGUGUGACUAAAGUAAUACAAGGAGGUCCUGAAAUAACAUAUACUCGUGUAUCUGGUGGUCUUGAUUCAGAGACAGAUGAAGAAACUAUCAAAAAGAUGCUUGAGGGAGAGGUCACCAGGGUAACCAAGUUCAUUGAAGGAGAUUCACAGAUUCUUGAGGAUGACGAACUGAAAAUGCUUCUCCAGGGAGGUACCCAAAUCUCCAAAGUUAUCACAGUACAUGAAAGUGAAAUGCCAGAAAAUGUGCAAAUAUCAAAGAUUAUCAAAGAACCACAGGUUAGAAGAGUACAGACUGGCCGAAGAACACAAGUGAGAAGAAAAAUGAGACGAAGCCAUCAACACCCUUAAAGGCAGGAUUCCAGAUGAAAGUGUUAAAUGAUACAUGAGUUCGGAAUAGGUGCUAUGUGAAAAACAGCAACGGGCAUCUUUUAUAAAUUGUUUUAUAUGUGAAAAAACAGUUCUUCUGCUGUUCAGAAAUUAUGUCUAAAAAACCAUGUUCUGUAUAGAGUGCUUGAUACAAAUUUUAAAGGACAAAACAUAUGUACAACCAUUAGAUAAUUUUCCUUAAUAUAUUACAUUCAAUAACAAAAAUUGUGUUCUAAUAAGCCAUAGUGUAGGGUUAGGUAACCUUUGGUUCUUCAGCUCAUACAGAUUUACAUCUUCUAUUAUCCUCCAGUAGUGAUUUUGGAAGUUGUAGCUCAAGAAAAGUUGGAGGGCGCAGGACACCCACCAGUGCAGAAGCAUUUAUUAAUAUAAAGACAAAAAAAUAUUGUUAUCGGUUCUGGGGAGAAGCAGUGGUUAAAAAGCCAAAAAAAAUCAAUCUUUUAGUGCUUGAGUCACAAAGAUGCAUUAAACAGAAGACUAAAAUGUGUGUUCAAGUAUGUUACACUCAUUGGUGCUUAGUAUACAGUAGGAGCUUUUAAAAAAACAUUUUUAAAUGUCCUGAUUCAGUUUCUGAGGGCCUGUUUGUAAAUUAAGUAAUUUUGUAUCUCUGAUUUUGUAUGCAUAAAAUGACAUUUGCUUUUUAAGAUUUUGUUCAGAAAUGUUGCAAUGCAACUAUGUGUGUAAGGGAGGAAAUGUUUACUAAUUCCUGUGCCUUUUUCUUUAAAGGUAGCUGGCUUAAAAGUCUAUUGGGUGUGCUUGUAUACCUCUGUUUCUAAAACAAAUACUCAAUAAAAUGUGGUUGAAUGAUA